GCGUGGGCCCAAUGGCAAAGACGGUCCAGGGCGCAGGCGCGCGGGCCCUCAGGGUCCGGGCACCAUCUUGAGCCGUCGCGGGAGGCGAUCCAUCCCCAUCCUGGCCGUUCGGGGCUACGAGAUUUAUUUUGGUGGGCCUUUGGCAAAAUGAACCAGAUAAGAGUGUGUGUUCUCUCCUGGCCUGACAGUCCGCAUUGUAGAAGCCAGAUCACCUCUGCAAACCAUUCUCAUCACAUCCUGAGGUGUUGACAUAGUACAGUGUUCACUUCACAGCUCUGUGUGGAAAACUUCCAGAGUCAGAGCUCUAGCAGACCUCUCCAGAGUACCUAACUCAACAUCUCCACUUGCUUGAGGCUCUGCUUUUCUCUUCUCCGAGGUGAUCGGCAGGAGGAAGAGGGACUAGGUCCAAACGCCAGGUGUCUGUGUCCAGGUCCCUGGCAUUUUGACUGUUCCUGUGGAUAGCUACUUGUUCAGAAGUUCCGGAAGGGACCCUGUUCCCACCAGGUCCCUGAGCACUGACUGCCCCCGCUGCUGCGUCUGCCUUGUUGGCGCAUGUUGGGUUCCUCCAGUGAAACUUUUCCUUAGAGACAUGCUGCCUCCCAAGUCCUUGUCCGCCACCAAACCCAAGAAGUGGGCCCCAAACCUGUAUGAGCUAGACAGUGACUUGUCUGAGCCGGACGCCGUCCCAGGAGAAGGCGCCACUGACUCUGAGUUCUUUCAUCAGAGGUUUCGGAACUUCCUCUACGUGGACUUCAUUGGGCCUCGGAAGACCCUUCUCAAACUCCGAAACCUCUGCCUCGAUUGGUUGCAGCCGGAGAUUCGCACCAAGGAGGAGAUUAUCGAGGUCUUGGUCCUGGAGCAGUACCUGACCAUCCUUCCGGAAAAGAUCAAGCCUUGGGUGUACGCAAGAAAGCCGGAGACCUGUGAGAAGCUCGUUGCUCUGCUGGAAGAUUACGAGGAGAUGUACGAGCCGGAAGACGACAACAGCAGCGACACCCACAGCGAAGGCGGCAUGAGCCGGAGGGCCGCGGAGUCCCCACCGCCGCGCCCCGCCCUCCCCUGCUGCAGUGACCGGGACCGAGACCGGGACUGGGACCAGGACUGGGAGCGAGAACGGGAGCGAGGCCGGGCACGGGAGCGGGAGCGCCGCCGUGGCCGAAGCCGGGACGUGGAGUCGCGGGACCGCUGGCCAUCCGUGCGGAGCCCCAGGAGCAGGUUUCACCAGCGGGAUCUCGCCCUUCCUCUGGCGGAGAGAGCCAAGGAAAGAGAUCACAGACGCAGGGACUCCCUGCUGGAUUUGGAUGCCAGAUCUGAGGAGGCGGUGUUGUACCAGGACAUGGUGGCCCUCACUGAGGAUCGCAAGCCCCAGAACCCGAUUCAGGACAACAUGGAGAACUACCGGAAGCUGCUCUCACUGGGGGUUCAGCUUGCCGAGGACGAUGGCCACUCACACAUGACCCAGGGCCACUCAGCAAGGUCAAAGAGAAGUGCCUACCCAAGCACCAGCAGAGGUCUGAAGGCGGCGCCUGAGACCAAGAAGUCAGCCCACCGGCGGGGCAUCUGCGAGGCCGAGUCCUCCCACGGGGUGAUCAUGGAGAAGUUCAUCAAGGACGUGGCCCGCAGCUCCAGGUCCGGGCGGGCGCGGGAGUCGAGUGAGCGGCCGCACCGGCUCUCCCGGAGGGCGGGCGGCGACUGGAAAGAAGCAUCGUUCAGCAGGAGGGAGGCGGGAGCCUCAGAGAGGGGCCCAGAGGGGGGCGCCUUUGGGGGAGGAGGCUUCAGCUGUGGCUCAGACCUGGUUUCCAAAAAGCGUGCUCUGGAGAGAAAAAGGCGCUACCACUUCGAUGCGGAAGGGCAGGGCCCAGUACACGAUCCCAGGGGCGGGGCAAGGAAACGGCCCUUCGAGUGCGGAGGCGAGGCCCGCAGGGCCGCCAAGGCGGCGGGCGCCAGCAGCCUGAGCACUCCGCCCGUGGCCCUGUCGCAGCCGCUGGACUUUGGGGCCAUGCCCUACGUGUGCGAUGAGUGCGGGAGGUCCUUCGCGGUCAUUUCUGAGUUUGUGGAGCACCAGAUCGUGCACACCCGGGAGAGCCUGUAUGAGUAUGGGGAGUCCUUCAUCCACAGCGCAGCCGUCAGUGAGGCCCAGAGCAGGCCCGAGGGUGCCAGGCGCUCUGAGGGUGCGCAGGCCGCUGGCCUGGCCGAGCAUCGGGGGGCCCAGGCCCAAGAGCACCUCGGGGGCAGUGGGGACGAGGAGCAGGACGAGCCCUUCCUGCCCAGCCCCACCUUCAGUGAGCUUCAGAAGAUGUACGGCAAGGACAAGUUCUACGAGUGCAAGGUGUGCAAGGAGACCUUCUUGCACAGCUCGGCCCUGAUUGAGCACCAGAAGAUCCACAGCCGCGAGGACAGGGAGAAGGAGCGUAGUACGGGCGCUGUGAGGCGCACCCCCAUGCUCGGAGAGUUGCAGAGAGCCUGUGGGAAGGAGAAACGCUACGAGUGCAAAGUCUGUGGGGAGACCUUCCACCACAGUGCGGCCCUGCGGGAGCACCAGAAGACCCACGGCCGGGGGAGCCCGUCUGAUGGCAGGGCCAGAGCCUUCGAGGAGACCUUCAUUCCUGGCCAGUCCCUGAAGAGGCGCCAGAAAACCUACUCCAAAGAGAAGCUCUACGACUUUAGAGAGGGCGGGGAUGCCUUUGGGCGGAGCUCAGACUUCAUGGAGCACCAGAAAAUUCAUUCUCGGAAGAGCUACUUCGACAGCCGGGGGUAUGAGAAGCCGCUGCUCCACAGCAUGUCCAUGCCCAGCUCUCAGAAGAGUCACACAAUCACCAGGCCACCCGAGGAGGAGGAUGAAGAGAAGGCAUUCACUGCCAGUAGCAGCCCCGAAGACGGCCAGGAGGCCCGGGCCUACGAGAGGAGCGCCUACGAGAGGGCCAUCCUCCACAGCCUGGCUGCCUUCCGGCCUCCCCGUAGCCUCAGGGAGGACGGGGAGCCCUCCACAUACCUCUCAGGCCUUCGUGACCCACCGCAGAAGACCCCGGCCUGGGAGAGCCCUUACGCCGGAGGCAGGCACAGCUUUUUCAGGAGCUCAGUCUUCUACCGCGCAUCGCGCCCUGCCCCUCUGGACCACCUUGCUGGGGAAGGCCCCAGCGGGUGGCAGAGAGACGGCGAAGCCUCCGGCCCCAGCUCAGAUGGCCGCCAGCACCAGAAGGCGCGUGCCAAGAAGAAGAACAUCGAGCGCAAGAAUUACGACGCCUCCAUGAUGCACUCCCUGCAUUUUGGUGAGCCUCAAACAUUUCGCCCGAGAGAGAGAUUUUACGAAUGUCUAGAAUGUGGAGAGUUCUUUGUCCGUAGCUCUGAGCUGGCUGAACACCAGAAGAUCCACAACAGGAAGAAGCUCUCUGGAAGUAAAAACUACCUACGGUCUGUCCUUCGCAGCCUGUCCUCCACUGACCCUCAGACCAGCUACCAAGGCCAGUCAGUGCAGAUGAGUUAUCCCCAGGAAGCAGCUCAGACCAGUUAUGCUGAACUAGCAGCUCAGACCAGUUAUGCUGAACUAGCAGCUCAGACCAGUUAUGUCGAAGAACCAGCUCAGACCAGUUACACUGAAGAACCAGCUCAGACCAGUUAUGCCGAAGAACCAGCUCAGACCAGUUACACUGAGGCACCAGCUGAGGCUAGUUGUACUGAGGAACCAGCUCAGACCAGUUGUAUUGAGGAACCAGCUCAGACUAGUUACACCAACCCAGCAGCUGAGACCAGUUACACCGAAGAACCAGCUCAGACCAGUUACACUGAGGCACCAGCUGAGGCUAGUUAUACUGAGGAACCAGUUCAGACCAGUUGUAUUGAGGAGCCAGCUCAGACCAGUUAUACUGACCCAGCAGCUGAGACCAGUUACACUGAAGAACCAGAUCAGACCAAUUACACUGAGGAACCAGCUGAGGCCAGUUGUAUUGAAGAACCAGCUCAGACCAGUUGUAUUGAAGAACCAGCUCAGACCAGUUACACUGACCCAGCAGCUGAGACCAUUUACACUGAAGAACCAGCUCAGACCAAUUACACAGAGGAAUCAGCUGAGGCCAGUUAUACUGAGGCGCCAUCUCAGACCAGCUGUAUUGAAGAACCAGCUCAGACCAGUUACACUGAGCCAGCAGCUGAGACCAUUUACACUGAAGAACCAGCUCAGACCAAUUACACAGAGGAAUCAGCUGAGGCCACUUAUACUGAGGCGCCAUCUCAGACCAGCUGUAUUGAAGAACCAGCUCAGACCAGUUACACUGAGCCAGCAGCUGAGACCAGUUACACCGAAGAACCAGCUCAGACCAAUUACACCAAGGAGCCAGCUGAGGCCAGUUAUACUGAGGAACCAGCUCAGACCAGUUGUAUUGAGGAACCAGCUCAGACCAAUUACACCAAGGAAUCAGCUAAGGCCAGUUUUACUGAGGAACCAGCUCAGACCAGUUGUAUUGAGGAACCAGCUCAGACCAGUUACACUGACCCAGCAGCUGAGACCAGUUACACCGCGGAAUCAGCUGAAGCCAGUUAUACUGAGGAACCAGCUCAGACCAGUUACACUGACUCAGCAGCUGAUACCAGUUACACCGAAGAACCAGCUCAGACCAGUUGCACCGAAGAACCAGCUCAGACCAGUUACACCGAAGAACCAGCUCAGACCAGUUACACCGAAGAACCAGCUCAGACCAGUUACACUGACUCAGCAGCUGAUACCAGUUACACCGAAGAACCAGCUCAGACCAGUCACACCGAAGAACCAGCUCAGACCAGUCGCACCGAAGAACCAGCUCAGACCAGUUGCACCGAAGAACCAGCUCAGACCAGUUGCACCGAAGAACCAGCUCAGACCAGUUAUACCCAAGAACCAGCUCAGACCAUUUACACCCAAGAACCAGCUCAGACCAAUUACACCGAGGAACCAGCUGAGGCCAGUUAUACCGAGGAACCAACUCAGACCAGUUAUGCCGAGGAACCAGCUCAGACCAGUUAUAGUGAGGAACCAGCUCAGACCAGUUACGCCGAGGAACCAGCUCAGACCAGUUACACUGAGGAACCAGCUCAGACCAGUUACGCCGAGGAACCAGCUCAGACCAGUUAUGCCGAGGAACCAGCUCAGACCAGUUAUCCUGAGGAACCAGCUCAGACCAGUUAUGCCGAGGAACCAGCUCAGACCAGUUAUAGUGAGGAACCAGCUCAGACCAGUUAUGCCGAGGAAUCAGCUCAGACCAGAUACACUGGGGAACCAGCUCAGAUCAGAUAUGUGGAGGAACCAGCUCAGACCAGUUAUGCCGAGGAACCAGCUCAGACCAGAUAUGCCGAGGAACCAGCCCAGACCAGUUAUUCUGAGGAACCAGCUCAGACCGGAUAUGCUGGGGAACCAGCUCAGACCAGAUAUGCUGAGGAACCCCCAGCUGAGACUAGUUAUGCUGAACUAGUAGCUCAGAUUAGUUAUGCUGAACUAGUAGCUCCGACUAGUUACGCUGAACUAGCAGCUGAGACCAGUUACUUUGAACCACCAGCUCAGACUAGUUAUACUGAACCAGCUGAGACCAAUUAUGCUGACCCAGCAGCUCAGGUCAGUUUUGAUGAACCACCAGCUGAGGCUAGUUAUGCUGAUCUAGCAGCUGAGAUCAGUUAUGCUGAACUAGCAGCUGAGACAAGCUAUGCUGACCUAGCAGCUCAGAUCAGCUAUGAUGAACCACCAGCUGAGACUAGUUAUGCUGAGCUAGCAGCUCAGAUCAGUUAUUCUGAACCAGCAGAUCAGACUAGUUAUGCUGAGCUAGCAGCUCAGACCAGUUACUCUGAACCACUAGCUCAGACCAGCUAUGCUGAGCUAACAAGUGAGACUAGUUACUGCGAGCAGCCAGUCCUCAAUGAAUGUAAGGAGUGUGGGGAAUGCUUUGCCACCGUUGAAGACCUUGGCAGACAUCAGAAAAUCUAUGCCCGAGAGAAAUUCCAUGAUGGGAAGCUGUUUGGAGAGCCUGUGAUGCAGGACCUGGGCCUGGAUGGGUCUCCGGAGGAAGAGCCAGAAGAGCAGGAGGAGCCUGAGGAGCCCGAAGACUCCAUCUAUGGCUGUAAGGACUGUGGGCUGGGCUUCGCGGACCGCGCGGACCUCCGGGACCACCAGAAGGUCCACGGCCGGGAGUACCUGGUGGACAGCCGUGAGUAUACGCACCCCGCGGUGCACAUGCCGCCUGUCAGCGAGUACCAGAAAGAUUGCCUCGGAGAGCAGCUCUACGAGUGCCCGGCCUGCGGGGAGUCGUUCGUGCACAGCUCGUUCCUCUUUGAGCACCAAAAGGUCCACGAGCAGGACCAGUUCUACGGCCACAGGCGGUACGAGCCCUUCAUGCAGCCCCUGAUUGUCAGCCCGCGGCGGCCGCAGGCCCCGCAGAAGAGCGCCCCCGCCGGGGUGGGCCCGCAGUGCCAGGUGUGCGGGCAGGACUUCAUCCACGCCUCGGUCCUCAGCGAGCACGCCCGGGGCCAUGCCGGCGAGGGGCUGCCGGAUCAGGGCCAGGCGGGUGCGGGUGCUGCGGGGCCCGGCCCGGCACCCACGGAGCCGCAGCAAGACCCGGGCGAGGAGCAGCGCUACGAGUGUGAGACCUGCGGCGAGUCCUUCCCCAGCCAGGCCGAUCUCCAGGAGCACAUGCGUGUGCACGAGAAGGGCGAGCCCUACGACUACGGGGCCGCCUUCGUGCACACGUCCUUCCUCACGGAGCCGCCCAAGAGGGACUGGCCCUUCUAUGAGUGCAAGGACUGCGGCAAGUCCUUCAUCCACAGCACCAUCCUCACCAAGCACCAGAAGCUGCACCUGCAGGAGGAGGGCGCGGCCGCCGCGGCCGCCGCCACGGCCCAGGAGGCAGAGGCCAACGUCCUCGUCCCCCGGGAAGUCCUGCGCAUCCAGGGCUCCAACGUGGAGGCGGCCGAGCCCGAGGUGGAGGCGGCUGAGCCCGAGGUGGAGGCGGCCGAGCCUGAAGUGGAGGCGGCCGAACCCCUCGGGGAGGCCGAGGGCCCGGAGUGGGAGGCCGCGGAGCCGAGCGGCGAGGCGGAGCAGCCCCACGCCGAGGCCGAGCAGCCCGACAUGGACGCCGACGAGCCGGACGGCGCGGGCAUCGAGGACCCGGAGGAGCGCGCUGAAGAACCCGAGGGCGACGACGACGAGCCAGAUGGCGCGGGCAUCGAGGACCCCGAGGAGGAGGGCGAGGAGCAGGAGAUCCAGGUGGAGGAGCCGUACUACGACUGCGGCGAGUGCGGGGAGACCUUCCCCUCGGGCGCCGCCUAUGCCGAGCACCUGACGGCGCACGCCAGCCUCGUCAUCCUGGAGCCCGCCGGCCUCUACGGCGAGGGCGCCGGCGGCCCGGAGGGCGGCCGGCCCGACGACGAGCUCUUCAAGUGCGACGUGUGCGGGCAGCUCUUCAGCGACCGCCUGUCCCUGGCCAGGCACCAGAACACCCACACCGGCUGAGGCCCGGGGGCGCCCUGGGACCCAACCCUCCUCACCCACACUCACCGGACCCACUGCGACCACCCGGACUGCACUCACCCGACCUGGACUUCAGACACCCGGCCCGGACACAGCCCCACGCCAGCUGAGGCUCGGCGGGCCGGGGCCUCCACUGGGACCCGGCCCCCCUCACCCCCACACAACCGGACCCACCGAGCUGGCCUGCACUGCACCCAGCGGCCUGGAUUCAGACUCUCGGCCCCAGGGUGCAGACGCUUGCAGCUCCCGUGUCCAGCACAGCAGGUACCUGCGGGACAGCAGGGCACUCGGCCGCCUCCGCCGGGGCCUUCGCGGCUGCAGAGAGCGCCCGUCUGUGACAGCCCGGGACCCCCGCGCACUGCCUCCCGAGAUGUGCACAGAGCAGCCCAGCACAGUGAACUGGACUGAGUGUGACGCUCGCUGGCCGUUUACCUGCAGACACACCUCACCUGGUACUCUGGUUUUGCUUUUUUCUUUUUUUUGGAGGAGGAAGAGAGCAACAAAUUACAAUAUAUUUGUAAGCAUCUUAGAGCUUUAGAAAGAUUUGUUGUGAGGUGUUUGAACCUUAUCAGUAUCUUUUUGACUGACUGACUGUGUGGUUCCUUACUUUCUACAUAACCCCCUCACGGUGUAGGCGUGAAAGGCAGAGCGUCUUGCCCGCUUCGCUGUGUAAAGGGAAGUCCUCUCUGCUCCCCUUUCAGGCGCCUCGUCUACACCGACACUUCUGAAGCCUCGUGCUGUGUAAGCCUUUACUGUAUGUGGAUUGGCCUUUUGUAACCUCUUUGGUUCGUUGCCACCUUGUAACCUUGCAGUGGGUCUCAUGCAAAAAACACUACAAGUUUUUGUUAUUUUUAUUUUUUUAACCCACCUUGAUGUCUCUUCGAUAGUGAAUUUUACAAAAGCUGAAGCUUUUCCCUGUGAGUCUUACAUCCUUGCCUUUAAAGAGUGGGUUGUAACCAUCACUAGAUCACGUGUGCCUAAUGAAGGUUGAGAACCACGGGGGGAGGGGGGGCUCUCCUGGUGUAAAUACGGUUGAGGGCCUACGACUUCAUCACUUCCCUUUGCGCGCUUCCUGCCUUAAGUGACCAGUAGCAACGUGGCUUGGCCCCUCCGUGCUGCCACAUGGCAAGUCUGCACCCUGGGUGCCCAGGAGCUAGUAUCCUUAGAGCUUUCCAGCCUGAGACUUAAUCCUCCUCUCCACCUGUCUGACCCUCAACCAACCCCAUGUCUAACUUGCAUUUAAAAAAAAAAUUGAAAAAAGCUUUCUUUACAGCCAACUCGAGCUCGACACGGACUCAGGUUCCCCGGCAGCCUUAAUUUGCUUCGUUGCCAUCUGUCCCCCUCUCAGGUCGCGCCUUCCUGACAAGCACCCCCGCUGCCCUCAGAGCGGCCCCUGUCCCGCCGCCCCGGUCUCCCGCGCUGCCGUCCCAAGCUGACCUCGCCGCUCUGGGGUCUCCUGCGUCCUGCCUUGUGCCCUCCCUUUGCUUCCCCGCCCCCUCUUCGCAUAAUGACUCUUAUGAAAUUUCUUGGCUUUGAGUUGGCUGGCAAAAAAAAUUAAAAAAAUUUUUUAAAAGUUAAAAAAAAAAAGAGGAUCUUGUAGCUGCAGUGAGCAGAAGCUAAGAGCAGAUUGUUUGGGAGAGCAGAGUGAGAUCUGCUCGGGAGCCGCGUCUGGACCCCCCCUCUCCUAGGUCCCUGCCACGAGGGCUGGGGAAAGCGUGUCAGAGCUGGAGGGAACGCCAAAGUCAGGGAGAGCCAAAGAAGGGGGUCCCGACGCCUCACCAGACCUGGGAGGGCAGGGUCUGACAGAAGGAACAUCAGAAGCAGGGACUGGAAGGCCCCAAUGGGGGAGGUUGACUGAACGAGCAGGGUGUCCUGGCAGUUAGGAGAAGGCGCCGCUUGGUGGCCUGGUGUCGAUGAGGGCAGCUGCAUCACGAGACCCGACGUUGGAACGGACGCCCAGAGCCCCGGGGGCCGCGAGCCGGGAGCCCGCCUGCACGGCGUGGGGGUGAGCCUGGCGUUCAUCGCUGUCGGCGGCACCAACGGGUAGAGUGUUUUCAGAGAGCUGCCUGCCCAGUGUCCGUUCCAACCGUCCUUUGGUCAGUGAGCGAUCAGGAACAACUGACAAAUGCCAAAAAUAGGAGCAAGGUGAAGGGAGUGUGUUCGCGCACUCUGAAUGCAGCUGUCUAGAAAUGAUAAUCAUGGAGAGUUAUGUAGUGACGUGGAGAUAUAUUUACGGAAUACCAAGUGGAAACAGCAGGACACAGAAUUAUAUUUAUACUGCGAUCAUAGCUGUUUAAAAAUGUAUGCUUAUAGUCAAAAGCUGUGGUGGCGGUGCUGUUGUAGGCUUAUAGUUGAGCAUUAUUUUCUUAAAUUCCUUUAAUGUUCUUAUGGUAGUGUUCCUCAAAAGUUUAUAAUCACGUCUCCAUUUUGAACAUAAUUUGAGCUCAUUAUUCAGGCACUCAGAGAAUACAGAAAAGUGGAGGGAAAAAAAAAUCCAUAUACCCACCAUCCAAAGAUGACAGAUAUACUCCUCACUAUAUUGUUUAUUCUUCUUUCUGUGCACAGGCUUAUAACUGUGUCCCAAACAUGUACUCAGAUUAAGUGUUAGCUUUGUGGAAUUAUGGUUAAACGCUUUCAUCUUAAUGUUUUCAGAUGGCCCUUAAAAUAGUUUCCUGAUGACAAAGUUUAUUAUGCUUGCUUCAAUUAGCAAGCAUAAUACACACCCAGAGGAAUAAUUGGAAAAUACAAAAUAAAUGAGAAAAGAACAAAAAAAGUCGCCCAUAUUCCCAGCGCCCAGCGACUAGUGUUAACAUCUUGUUUCCUGCAUCUCGUAUCAGUGCACAGGCUUGUGAUUUCUGACCGUGGUGAAUAUGUGUGCGUACAGUCUAAAAUGAAAAAAAUCACAGAAAAUAAUUAGUGUUGUCAUUGUGGGAUUAUGGUUAACUAUCUUGUCUCAAAUUUCUUGAAUGAUCUUUGGUGUUUUGAGUAUUAAAUCUUAUGUAUGUUUUUCCAUUAAAACUCUUAAUACAUACUCAUGGCAUACCUUGGGGGAGAUUUAGUAAAGCAAAAGAAAUUCACGCAUAUUCCUGACACCCAACAAUCAUUGCUGUUAAACCUUAAUCUGUGCACAGUCAGGACGGGGGUGUCUGUGGUGAGAAUGCAGAGGGUUGAAGAGGAGAAGAAACAUGGAAAGCAGUGAAGGAACGGUCGUGUGGUCUUCGCCAGCGUUAAGGCUGUGGGGCUUGCUUUCCGGGGAGGCCUGUCUCGUUGUGUUCCGGUCACCCACCUUUUAUCACGGGUGCCCCCGUUGUAAGCGCAGUGUCUGCCCACUGUAGAAACCCGGCGCUUACCGAAGUGUGGAAGAGAGGCGUGCCCCUGUCGCCGUCACCCAAAGACCACAGUUAGCAUCUGCACACGUUUUCUUCAUCUUCUCUCUGUGCACAGGUUUUUGGUUUGUUAGUAUGGUUGUGGUCGUUCUAUCUGUAAUCGUGUCACCAAUAAAAAUAAAGUUGAAAAUAA